UCCGUUCCAGUGAAGCAUAAGUGAGAUGCCUCCCAAAAGAUCAAAAGGGAAAACGCCUCAAACCUCAGGUCAGAAUAGGCGGCCGAAGGGUCGGCGGCCGUCGGAUGACCAGGAGCAGAGCCGCCUCCUGUUGGAGGGAAAGGGGGCCGGCCGCCCUGACAAAAAGGCGAGGAAGCGCAAAGGCCCCGCUGCCCCGCAGAGGACCUGCUCCGGAGAGAACCCCAACAUCUGCACCGAGUGCGGGCAGACCUUUGCUCAGAGCUCGGACCUGAUCAACCACCAGAGGAUCCACACGGGGGAGAAGCCCUACAGGUGCCUGGACUGCAGGAAGAUGUUCAGCGUCAGCUCCAACCUGAGCCGCCACCAGAGGAUCCACACGGGCGAGAAGCCGUACCUGUGCUCCGAGUGCGGGAAGAGCUUCACCGACAAGUCGACCUUGGUCCAGCACGUCCGGACGCACACCGGGGAGAAGCCCUACCAGUGCAUCGACUGCGGGAAGGCGUUCAGCCGCAGCUCCCACCACAAGCGCCACCUGAAGAGCCCGCCGGGCAAAAGGCCGGGCAAAUGCAGCCACCCGGAGGGCUCCCCCGGCGACAAUGCCUCACCUCCCGGCAAAGCCAAGAAGGCCAGAGCCACGAAGAAGCAGAACUCCCCCUUCGAAAUCCCCCACACGUGCGCAGAGUGCUGGCAGAGCUUCAACCAGACCUCGGACCUGGUCAAGCACAUGCGCAUCCACACCGGGGAGAAGCCCUUCGAGUGCAACCAUUGCGGGAAGUGCUUCAACGUCAGCUCCAACCUGAUCCGGCACAAGAGGAUCCACACGGGCGAGAAGCCCUACACCUGCUCCGAGUGCGGGAAGAGCUUCACCGACAAGUCCACCCUCACGCAGCACAACCGCAUCCACACGGGCGAGAAGCCCUACACCUGCACGUACUGCGGGAAAAGCUUCAGCCGCAGCUCCCACCACAAGAGGCACCAGCGGAUUCACGCCGGAGAGAACCCCGUCUCUUUCCUGCCCCUGUGGCCUUACCCUAACCAAAUGUACUGACGGUGACUCUAACUACGCCUGUGUGUUGUUUGGCGGACAAUAAUUUUUU